AUGGAGGCAGCAGUAGCGCGCUUACGGGAGCUGUUUCCGAAGGUGGACGUCAGGCUGCUGAAGGCGGCAAUUCGCGAGCACGGCACGUCGCCGGAAGGCAUGGACGAGGCCAUUCAAUACUUGAUGGACGAAGCGUUUUCGGAAUCCUCGUCUUCUGACGGAGAUGUUUCUGACAAGGAGGACGAUGUCGAGGAUAUUAAUACGGCUUCUGCCGGGUUCGCACCCUUAGAAAGUGCUGAUGGACACGAACCUUCGUCCCCCAUGGACGAGAAGACUUUUGACGAGACCGCCAAUAACGAGGAUCCAUCUGGCGAGGCCGUUAACGAGGAGUCAUUUUUCGAAGCCGAGGAGAAUCUCCCCGCGUCAAGAGCUCCUCUGCAAGAUUCAGCGGCCUCCAGCGACGACAGGAUAAUUCCCGGCUUAUCAGAAACACCGGUGAUGACGGUUCCGCCAGCUUCCUCAAUCUUGUACAGUGAAAAUAAUGUUGAGGAGGAUGGAGAGGUACACGAUGAGCAGGACCUUCCCGCCGUUGACGCCGCUGGCCAAGGUCCAGAUAGCAUCAGAACCAUCGGCGCCAUCAGCACCAUCAGCGCCACCGGCACCAUCGGCACCAUCGAUACCACCGGCACCAUCGGCGCCACUGGCGAAAUCUCAGCAGACUCGUUAGAAGAACCUUCUACGGACUCUUACUAUAACGAGGAAAUUGGAGAAUCCAUGGCCGGAAGUGCAGCGCCGUUGGAUGCGUCGCUGGAAGAAUCUGUGGACGGCGCAGAUCUGGUUGAUGAGAGUUUGAAAGUAGGCGCUGUUAAGGGGGAUAAGGCUGAUGGUGGUCAAGCCGAAGGUGACUUUAUCGAGGGUGUCGAGGCUGACGCUCGCGAGUCUGGAGUCGUUGUGAUUAAGCCGGGGGCGAAUUUGUUUGCGGAUGCUGCUGAUGCGGCUGGCGCUUCUGGUGCUACUGAUGGGACUGAAGAGGAAGAGGAGGAAGCGGAGGAGGAGAAGGCGGUCCUUGUGAAUGAACCCGAGAGUGAGCCCGAGAGUGAAUCCAAGAAUGAACCCGAACAGGCGGACGGAGAGAGCAAGGGGGGUGCUGAGGUGGGUCGAGACGAGAUUCAGGGCGAGGUUGAGCAGGCCGAGACGCACGAGGCCGAACCUGUAGAGGGGAAAGGAGAGGAGAGGGACGAGGCUGUAGCGGUGCUGGAGGAGAGCAAGGGCGAGGAGGUCAGGCAGGAGAAAGUCGCCACGGAAGGAGAGGAAGAAAAGGAGGGAACGCAAGAGAAGCAAGAGGAUCUGCGCGAAGAGGAGCAAGAGGAGAAGAAGGAGGAGCGAAAGGAGCAGGAAGAGGAGGAGGAAGAGUGCGAGCAUGUGGAGGUACCGGAAAGCCUCGUGAACAGCUGGAGCCGGUCCUUCGUGGAGGUCGAAGUCUCCACAAUCGCCCACCACGUGGCCUCCACCAGAGACGCCAAAUCCCGCCUCGACGCCCAGCUAGCAUCCGUACAGACACUCCUCUCGCAGGUCGAGCAGGCCGAGCAGCAGGCAGCCGCAGCUGAAACCGCUCUGUCCCACGCUGGCGAGGCUGACGUUGCCGAAGCUGAGAAGUUGCUUCAGCACGUGGUUCGGUCGCAGCAGGCGCUGGAGAUUCGCGCGGCGCAGGUGUUUGGGCACCGGGCGCAGCUGCAGGAGGAUUCUAAGGGUCUUAAAGCCCGGAUCGAGGCGAUUCAGGGUCAAUUCGCAGAGGUGGAGAAGCAAGUGGAGGAGUUGAGAGUGGUGCUGGAGGGUAGGUUGGAGCGAGCCAGGGAGAGGAUAGGCGAGUUGGAGAAGAGGAGGAAGGAGAGGGAGGAGGCGGGGAGAAGGAAACUGGAGGGGGCGGAAAGGGAGAUGGGGCGGGUGCUGGGGGAGGUGCCGGGGCUGGAGAGGCAGGAGCGGGCGUGUGCUGAGCUGGCGGAUGCGCUGGUGGCACGUCACCACGAGGCUGACGCGUUGGAGGGACAGCUGGCGGUGCUGCGAGAGGAUCUGGCGGCGCUGGUGCGCGGCGUGGGGCGGCUUCCUGGGCUGCCGGGACAGGCAGCAGAGGACCUGGGGGGCGUGGGGCGGCUGCCGGGGCUGCCGGGACAGGCAGCAGAGGAUCUGGGGUAUUCGUUCCUUACUGAAGGAGGAGAGGAAGAUGGUAAGGAGGAUGUUGAAGGCCGGAUGCAGGAGUCUUUUCAUUCCCUGCACGAGGAUCUGGCGCUCGCCUCGUCAGCAGCAUCAACCACUGAUGCCAUUCUGCCUGCCGCCGUACCGGCCGCUGCCGUCGCUGGUCUCACAGCUGAAGACGAGAACAACCCUGUUUUAGGAGCAUUCGGCUCCACCCUCCCCACGCCCUCUCCCUUUGAAGACGAGGAGCAAUUUGAGGCGAAGAUGCGAGAAAUGUCUAGCAUGCUCAAGGAAACGCUUCCCUUGGCCUGCUCCCGGUUCCACCAGCAGCAGCAGCAGCAGCAGCAGCCCCAGCUGCAGCUACAACAGCAGCAGGUAGGUUUGGAAAGCGCAUUGGCUGAGAGCAACACUGGAGUGGAAGGUGUGACGAUGAUUGAAGACGGCGACUGGAGCGUGCUGGAGGCUUCUGAUGUGUUCACGGCGUCAGGCCUGGGUGGGGCGUCAGGAUUUAGUGCGGCUGGUAAUGGGGUUGGUGAUGCGGUUGGUGGGGCGUUGGAAGGGGCGGAUGAUGAGGCUCGGUGGUCGGGGCACAGCUUGUUCAGUGUGCAUGCUGGCAGCAGUCCCCGGGCCAGGGAGGGUGGGGUUGUGAGGGGUGAGAGCGGCGAGAUCACUAUUCUUCCUUACACCCCGCCGUCGCCAGUACCUCCCACCCAGCCGUCGCUCUCCCUCCCAUCCCCCGUAUCCUCUCCCUCACUCCCCGCAGUCACCUCUCCCUCCCACUCCGCCAUCGCUACUUCCUCCCACCUCACAAUCACUCCGUCCCACCCCGCCAUCUCCUCUCCCUUUCCUCCCCGCCGUCGCCUCUCCCUCUCCUCCCCGCCGUCGCCUCUCCCUCCUCCCCACAGUCGCCUCUCCCUUACCUCCCCGCCGUCGCCUCUCCCUCCUCCCCGCCGCCGCGUCUCCCUCCUCCCCGCCGCUGCCUCUCCCUCCUCCCCGCCGUCGCCUCUCCCUCCUCCCCGCCGUCGCCUUUCCCUCCUCCCCGCCGUCGCCCUCCCUCCUCCCCGCCGUCGCUCUCCUCCCCGCCGUCGCCUCUCCCUCCUCCCCGCCGUCGCCUCUCCCUCCUCCCCGCCGUCGCCUCUCCCUCCUCCCCGCCGUCGCUCUCCUCCCCGCCGUCGCCUCUCCCUCCUCCCCGCCGUCGCCUCUCCCUCCUCCCCGCCGUCGCCCUCCCUCCUCCCCGCCGUCGCCUCUCCCUCCUCCCCGCCGUCGCCUCUCCCUCCUCCCCGCCGUCGCCUCUCCCUCCUCCCCGCCGUCGCUCUCCUCCCCGCCGUCGCCUCUCCCUCCUCCCCGCCGUCGCCUCUCCCUCCUCCCCGCCGUCGCCCUCCCUCCUCCCCGCCGUCGCUCUCCUCCCCGCCGUCGCCUCUCCCUCCUCCCCGCCGUCGCCUCUCCCUCCUCCCCGCCGUCGCCUCUCCCUCCUCCCCGCCGUCGCCCUCCCUCCUUCCCGCCGUCGCCCUCCCUCCUCCCCGCCGUCGCUCUCCCUCCUCCACGCUGCCCGGAGCGCAAGCGCGGGUUGGUGCGCAAUCGCGGGUUGGUGUGCUAUCGCGGGUUGGUGCGCGAGCGGGGAUUGUUUUCUGA